UCUAUCUAUAUACACAAAAGAGAUCGUGUAUGAUUGCGGUAUAGUGUCUCAGAUUUGCCUUUUUUCCGUUUUUGUUGGAAAUAGACAAGAGCUGGGUUUCGCUGGUGAUGAGAUUGUCUUUCCGAUAGUAAAAUGGCAUCGGGUUUGGAGCACUUUGUCAACAACGUGCAAGUAUUAUCCUCGGAAGGUAAUUAUCGUGAAUUGAGUCUGGCUUUGAAUAGAUUUAGCGAUGUGCUGCUGAGGAACUUGCAGUAUCUUGAUACUGUUCUAGAAACCUUUGAGCUCCAGCAACAUUCACUUGGAAUCCUUGCUGUACUUGUCACAAAAGUUACUGCUUUCAACAAUGGCAAUGCUCCCCUUGAUAGGUUCAAGCCACUGCUUGCUCAAGUCCAAGAGUUUGUUGCUGGUUGCAACAAGGUACAAGUUCAAUAUAUGCCUGAACUAUAUGCAGAGUUGUUUCAUCAGGUAACAGUAGCAUUAACAGAAUUGAGAACUCCGAUAAGGGGAAUAGAUCUGAUGUGCAAAGCCAUUCGCAAUAUACAAUCUUGCGAUAGCCAGCUGACUUCCAUUCACGGAGAUCUUUGCAAACUUUGCUUACUUGCCAAAUGUUUUAAACCUGCCUUACAGUUUCUGGAUGUUGAUGUUACUACUAUUAGUGUAGAUGACGACGCCAAGCAUUUCUUACUGUAUUUUUAUUAUGGAGGUAUGAUCUAUACUGCUCUUAAAAACUAUGAGAGAGCACUGUAUUUUUAUGAAGUCUGUGUAUUGACACCGGCAAGUGCAGUCAGCCACAUCAUGCUUGAGGCAUAUAAAAAGUAUAUUCUAGUUUCUCUUAUUUUGAAUGGAAAGAUUUCAGCAUUGCCUAACUACACUUCUCACUUAGUCAAAAGACAUAUAAAAAGAUUGAGUCAACCUUAUCAAGAACUUGCAACAGCAUAUGGUACAAAUAGUUGUGACGAAGUACAGGGAAUAAUGACUAAAUACUAUGAAAUGUUUACAAGAGACAACAAUGAAGGAUUAGUUAAACAAGUGCUUAGCUUUCUGUACAAAAAAAACAUUCAAAGACUCACAAACACUUUCUUAACGUUAAGUUUAUCAGAUGUCGCAGCACGUGUCAAGUUACCAGGUCCAGAGGCAGCUGAAAAGUACAUCUUGAAUAUGAUUGAAGAUGGUGAGAUUUUUGCUACUAUUAAUCAAAAAGAUGGUAUGGUUAUAUUUCAUGACGACCCAGAGAAAUAUGAUUCACCAAGGAUGCUGGCAAAACUUGAAAAAGAAAUGGCAGAGUGUGCUCAACUAGGUAAAAAGGUGCUUGAAAUGGAAGAAGAGGUGGUUGUAACUCCACAAUAUGUACGCAAAGCUUGUGGACAGAACGAUCAGGAUGACUCAGCUGCUGGCCCAGCACCUACCAAUCUUACAAAUGCUCAAAAUCAACCAAAACUCAACACAUACUCUAUGUAACGCAAAUAAGUUAUUAUUACAGAAAUAUUUUGAAACGUUAGUUAAAAACUUCUUAAUUUAAUUGUUUUAACUUUCUUUUUUGGCAAAAAUCUAUUAUUUCAUGUUACUUUUUGGAAAGCUUUGAAUGGAAUACUUGAAUAACUGUCAAUUUUUGGAAAAAUUUUAUUGGAUAAAUCAAGGCAUUACAAAUAGUUUAAAGGUGAUUGUAUUAUGUAUGUAUGUAAAUGAUAAUUAAUCAAGUAUUCAUGUAAGGGAUAGUAAGAUGAGAGAAAGUUAAGCAGUCUGCUAAUUAUUUUUCAAGUAUUUAGAAGUUUAGAAAUUGAAACUUUUCACUUUGAUCAAUACUUUUUUAAAACAUUUUAAUUUUUGAUUAAAUGAUCAAGAACAAAUUAGGAAUGUGAUAUUUCGAGUAACGAGUGAGUGUGAGUUACAUUAUAAAAAAUGUUUCAUUAGCCAUGUUUUCACAUUUUACUAUGAAGACAAGUUGUUUGUAGUUGUGUGGUAAUUAAAAAACAUGGGUAUGAAAGUAUAGAUAAGUAUUUAACAAUUUCAUAAAUAAAAGUCAAAGUUAUUCAUUUCACUGCAAAUUUGAAAGCACUCAGCUAGAAUCAUAUAAAGCUAUUAAUUAGACUGUAUUUUUUUAGACGAAUAACAUUUAAUUUCCUUAAUACUAUAUUAGUUAAUUGGAAAAUUCCAUAAAUUUUUUGUAGUUGAGAGAUUCAAUAAAAUAGU